AUGGUUGCUAAAAAGUUGAUUUCCUUUGUUGCCUUUGUGAUGCUGAUUACCUUACUGGAGCAGAUCAAAUCAGGAGUCCAUGCAGGGCGAAUGACAAAACCUAAAAAGGCAGGCCGAGUUACAGUGAUCCAUACAGGUCCUCGUGUUAGGAAGCUCAAGAAAAAAGUGGAAGAAUUGAAAAAGAAACUCGCCUCUAUGGAGCCUUGUGAACGUAAGAAACAUUUUACUUCACAGUAUUAUUCUCUUUAACCAAGUAACCUAAAAACAAAUUAGACUUUAUAUCCUUUCUUUGCGCACAUACACUGGAAUCAAAGGUGAUUUUAGGUGACAUGGAAUCAAUCGGGCCACUGUAAAUUAUGGGUUCUAGCUAUAAUUUAACAAGCUAUUCCAUAAUAACAUUCUUUAACUUUGCUAUAAUAAUUCACAUGCAGAUUGUUAGCAGUCUGAGAAGGUCUCUUACAUCAGCAAAUGCAAUAAACAAAAUAAAUAUAUGCAUGAAACAGAUCAUUGCUGGUCCCGUAAAGAAUUAGAAUGGCGAUCCCGCAACACUAGCCGCGGCACAAAUUAACAAAAUUACACAGUUAAGAUGACCUCUCCCUUCUAGAAUUAACCAUCUAGUUAGCACAUAAGAUUUAAAUAGCAUGAUCUGUGGUAUCAAACAAGGUGUACCCCAGCCUCCACCGAAUUUGUUUUAUAUUCCGUAUACACCUGUAGUGGGGAUUUAUUGAAUAUAGUUGGGAUACUAAACAAGGAAGGAAAACUCAACUUUUAAUCAACCUUUGUUUUAAUUUCCCUUAAAAAAGGACUCUUUUUUAAUUUAAAAAAAAAAACAACAUAAAAUUGUGGCUGAGUAAAACAAAGUGGGCCCAGGACUCCACCGGUAACAACACCAGUUUCAGUUUUCAAACGAGUUUAACUUUAUUAAAAAACAAAACAAAGCAAAACUCCUCGCAAGCCUCGCAUCUGCAAACAUUAAUCUCACUACGCUGGGUUACCUGAGAUUUUCUAAAUUUGCAGUAUGGCAUGUUCCUAUUUUAUAGCUUGUGAGUCAGCCAAAACAGAGGGUUUCUUGUUUGAAAGUCCUACAACAACUGACUACCUUGAAGUUGAAGUUGAAGGCUUGAAUGAGCGAUUGGAUGAAUUAACUUCAUGUACCUGGGUCAAAUUUAAAGAUUCUUUUUGUUUUCUGAGACUGUUGUCUGCACUCUUGGCUAUCAGUUUUGCUUGGGCCGACGAUCUGACAAGCUUUACAUGGAAAUGGGAGGUGCAUACAGGUAAUGAAAAAUGUUUGUUGUGGUCUUAA